ACUCUUUGGUUAUGUGGUUAUGCAGUGAACAUUGAGGGGAAUUGGCAAACCGCAGAAAAUUUCAAUAAUAUUACUUAAAAAUUACUAUAAAAUAUUUAUAUAAUGAAUAAUUUAGCAAAGCAAUUGUGUCGCCUUAAUAUUAGCCAUGGAAAUUUGCUAAAAAGUCAUAGCAACUUAUUGGCAAGGAGAUCCCCUGCUGUGGCAGCAGCAACGGCCGGUUUUCAUACUUCGAACGCGCUUCAGGCACGAUACAACAAACAUAAUACAGGUCCUCAGAAAUGGUUACAAUAUAACAAAGUUGUACAUCCACCCCAGGCACCAGAAGAAGAACCCCGAAAAGCGUAUGUCUGUCACAUGAGAACAAACAUUAAAUAUAGUCCCGACAAAAUGUGGUAUAUUGCCUCCUUUGUACGCGGCAUGUCGGUGGAUGAAGCCCUAAAACAAUUGAAUUUUGUUUUGAAAAAGGGAGCCGUUGAUGUCAAGGAGGUUAUUCAAGAAGCAAUUGAAAUGGCCCAAAAGAGACACAAUGUGGAAUACAAAAGUAAUCUGUGGAUUGCCGAAUCUUUUGUUGGGAAGGGACGUGUAAUCAAAGGUUUCCGCCGCCACGGUCGUGGUCGGUUUGGUGUUGUAGAAUACAAACAUUGUCAUUAUUUUGUUCGCCUGGAAGAGGGUGAACCACCAAAGAAUUACUACUUACCCAAUCCCCAAACACCAUCCGAACAAUUCGAAAAAUGGUUGGAACAAAUGCGUAUGCGUAAAGUUAUCAAUUCCCUGUAGUAAACCUGUACAAAUUGUAAUUUUUAGUAAAUAUGUAUUUGAAUUAUUUUGUGUUCGAACUGA